UCGCGACGCCGCGCUCAAGGCGCCUGCGCAAACCCUGAAAAGCGUUCUGGUUAGGCCUAGGCUUUCCUUUUCCGGUUGUGGAGCCGCGCGGUGAGGAUCUUUAGUCCACGCCCGAAGUAACCAUGCCGUCCAAGGGCCCGUUGCAGUCCGUGCAGGUCUUCGGACGCAAGAAAACGGCCACAGCCGUGGCGCACUGCAAACGCGGCAAUGGCCUCAUCAAGGUGAACGGGCGGCCCCUGGAGAUGAUUGAGCCGCGCACGCUGCAAUACAAGCUACUGGAACCUGUUCUGCUUCUGGGCAAGGAGCGGUUCGCUGGUGUGGACAUCCGUGUCCGUGUGAAGGGUGGUGGUCAUGUGGCCCAGAUUUAUGCGAUCCGUCAGUCCAUCUCCAAAGCCCUGGUGGCCUAUUACCAAAAAUAUGUGGAUGAGGCUUCCAAGAAGGAGAUCAAAGACAUCCUCAUCCAGUAUGAUCGGACCCUGCUGGUAGCUGACCCCCGUCGCUGCGAAUCCAAAAAGUUUGGAGGCCCUGGUGCCCGUGCUCGCUACCAGAAAUCUUACCGAUAAACCCAUCACGAGGAUUAGGGUUUACCUGUAUAAUAAAAAAUGGUAGUAGGAUUUUAAGGUUUUAA